ACAUUAGCUUUAUAGAUGAUAUUUGUAUUCUGCAACUCCACGUUUAUAGACAGGCUCGCCCUCGUCGCGUCAUCGGAUGGAUUAAUCGAAGCUGGGCGAAAGCCGGCCGUGGGCCCUUCGGGCGCCAUCAGCAAAGUCCACAAGUCGGACAGGAAGAUCGGCCACCGGCGAGUCGGCGAGGGUGGCGAGAUCACCUACAAGAAGAUCCAGUCGUCGCAGAUUAUGGGCUCCAUACAACUUGGAAUCCAGCACGCAAUCGGUGGUCUAGCUUCAAAGCCUGAGCGCGAUCUUCUCAUGCAGGACUUCAUGACAGUGGAGACGACGAACUUCCCCCACGAGGGUUCGAACCACACACCCGCACACCACUAUUCGGAGUUCAAGUUCAAAACGUACGCGCCCAUUGCGUUCAGAUACUUUAGAGAUCUGUUCGGUAUACAGCCUGAUGAUUUUUUGAUGUCGAUGUGCAGCGCGCCAUUACGCGAACUGAGCAACCCCGGAGCGUCCGGCAGCAUAUUCUAUCUGACGAACGACGACGAGUUCAUAAUAAAGACGGUGCAGCACAAGGAGGGCGAGUUCCUGCAGAAACUGCUGCCCGGAUACUACUUGAACCUCGAUCAGAACCCGCGCACGUUAUUGCCAAAAUUCUUCGGUUUGUAUUGCUACCAGUGCAACAGUAAGAACGUGCGUUUAGUCGCAAUGAACAAUCUGCUACCGUCGUCUGUCAAGUUGCACCAGAAGUACGAUCUCAAAGGGUCCACUUAUAAACGGAAGGCGAGCAAAACUGAACGUCAAAAGCAGUCGCCUACGUACAAAGACCUGGACUUCAUGGAGCACCACAGCGAGGGUAUCUUCCUGGAGGCGGACACGUACACCGCCCUCACCAGGACCAUGCAGCGGGACUGCAGGGUGCUGGAGAGUUUUAAGAUCAUGGACUAUUCCCUACUAGUGGGUAUUCAUAACCUCGACGAAGCUCAAAGAGAGAAGACCGAAGCGCGGAACCGUAUCGAAUCGGGCCAGAGCGACGACGACGCCGAAGGAGAACCGAAAAAGAGUGGCCUCAACCGGACCAGAUCUGAACAGGCGAAGAUGGAUUUCGGAGCUCAAGUUAAAAGGACACAGUCCAUAAACCGGCAGCGCUUGGUCGCACAUUCUACCGCCAUGGAGAGCAUACAGGCGGAGAGCGAACCCAUCGAUGAAGAAGAAGACGUGCCCCCGGGAGGCAUCCCCGCACGGAACGCGCGCGGUGAGCGACUGCUGCUGUUCCUCGGCAUUAUCGACAUCCUGCAGUCGUACCGCCUGCGCAAGAAACUCGAGCACACGUGGAAAAGCAUGAUACAUGAUGGGGACACAGUUUCAGUACACCGGCCGAGCUUCUACGCACAGAGAUUCUUAGACUUCAUGGCCAAAACGGUUUUCAAGAAAAUACCUUCGUCAUUGAAACACUCACCGUCGAAGAGAAAGAGCAUCGCCAAACCGAGCCGGCCACAGGAAGAUAUCGAUACUCCAGGACGUGUCUACAUCGGCAGACCGAUAAAAGAUUACAAUCCAGAUUAUCUGAGACAGUCAAGACUAUCGCCUAGAUCUUCCGUAAGAUCCAGCAUGAGCGAUUUCACCGACACGACUAUAUCGACGUGGAACCAACGACAUCCGCAGCCCCCCGCCGAAUACCCCUCGGUACUUUCAGACAGAUUGAAAAUCUUGGACAGGGAUAGAAUAAACUUCCAAAGGCGGAUAGAAUUUGACACGUCGAAUCUGAACGUGAGAGAACCGGGCACUUCGUACGCUGACAACGUGUACCGCACGUCCAUCCAAGACAGGAUGGAGUCCUUGUCUGACCAAUUAACAAAGGUAUUGAGCACUGGUGCAGGCAGUUCUCAUAUUAAUGGCAGUUUGGCGGACAGCGGCAUACAAACAGACAAUACCAGCACCAGCGUGCCGCAGAUAUACAUAGCAGAAUACGCGCCUACAAGGGUGCUGAAAAAGGACGCCGCAGUCGACACCAGGAAUGAAAAUAACCAACAAGACAUACCUUUUAUAGACGAUGACGAAGAAGACAAGUGGAGAAGACGAUCGAACAUUCUAGAAAAACAUAAAAGCAUGUCGAACAUACCUGAAAGAAUCGAAGAAGUCAGUUCACAGGAGAUCUCACCGGAGAGGUUAACGAACAGUCUUAACAGAGCCAAAUCACCGACUUUCGUCGAGAAGUUCAAGAAAUUCUUCGUCGAUAUCGGACUAGUCAAAACGGAGAUUGGGAACGUCGAAAGAGACACGAAUACGCUUCCCAAAAGUCUAAACUCCAGUUACAGAACAAGAAGCGUCACCCCUACAACGAGCUUGGAGCCAAGAGACGCGUCGACUUUGCCCAAAGACAUGAGAUUUCGUAAAGUCAGAUCGACACAAACCGUAUUCAUAAAACAGGAAUCUCCACUGUUAAAAGAGACGGAGUCAUCAAUGAAGACUCACGUGUCUGUGGUGCAACUGAAUGGAGACGAAUAUAAAGAUGACGAAUCCGAAAAAUUCAUCAAAGAAGUAGUGUACGUCAAGAGUAGUAUAGCUACAGCUGAAAUCUACACUACUAAUGAUUCUGGCAGUACCAUUAUAAAAGUCCCUCCAGCAGAUUGAGUUAACUUUAAUUCACAACUUGUGUAAACUUUUGUUUCGAUAUCGAUAUAAAUUUGUAAUCAAGAAAUGCUACAGCUAUCGAUAAAAUUGUUUGUGCAAUUUUUUAUAUUUUUCUUAGCGUUUUCUUUCGACAUAUUCUCGUACGAGAAUAAAAUAUUCCAAAGUAAACGCUGAGGAAAUCGAUAUAUCGAUAUGUACUUUUAUGUUUGAAAUUGUAUCGAUUAUCGUGUUUGAUUUGUGAUUCCUAUGUGUAGAAUAGGUAUUAACAGUCCCGGUGGAAGUUAUUUUAAACAGCGCAUAAAUAUUACAGUAUUUAGUUAAUAAAAUGAUUGUGGUUCUUUUUGAGAUUCAAAGUGGGUUCUGUCAGUGAGUGUUGGCGGCGAAUAUCGCCAAUUUUGUGUGCGUCUACAUUAUAGACUUGUCGAUAGGCAUAGACUGAGUUUAUCGAUUUCCUUACUAAAAGUUUGAUAUUCGAAAUACAAUCGAUAUAAAUAUAUAUUUUAUCGAUAUAACAUAUUAUAUACGAUUUCAUGUUCGAUAUUGAAUACGAAGACCAACGAAACAAACAGAAAAUAAUCGAUAGUAUUCAUUCGAUACUUUUGAACAAACUUGUAGUUUUUGCUUUGAUAAAAUAUAUAUCCCAGUAAUAAAUAUCUAUCCAAUCAUCGAUAAAGUUAUUCUGUGCUUACACUUUAAUCUACGGCCACCUGUCCACAGUUUAAAUACAGUAUAGAAUACAAUUAGCUUUAUUAUAUUAUUUCUCUUCGAAAGUAGAGGAAAUAGAAGUCACAAUUAUGUAUUUAGUUUUGGUUACCUAGUGGACAGUUCUUCUCGAGUCGAUAUGUGUAUAUGUGAAAGAUAUAAUUUAUUUUAAAAGAGUAAUAUAUUAAACAGAUGUUAUAUGUACCUUGUAUUGUCCGCAUUUGUAUCUUAGCGUAGUUUUGUAUAGUGAUGUGACUGGACGGUUUAUCGACUUUUACGCUAAUGUCGCGGCUUUGGGUAUCGAUAUAGUGAAUGUAGGGAAGUGUUUACGAUAUUAUUUAAUACGAUUCAGACAGCUAAUGAGCUUUUUUAGUAUUGCGUCUUUCAACGAUAGAGUAGAUAUUAUAUCGAUUGUUAAUAUAUCGAUAGGAAAA